GUCAAACCAUCAUCUGUGAUUUAUAUAUGUUUUCUUAAACGAUGUAGGUGGAGGUAAAGAUUGUGCAAAUGCGGAGCCAGUGUGUUCAGCACUAAUCAACAAAUCUUAGUUAUUUAUUAUACAGUCAUUACUGGUUUAAUUUAUAAUACACAGAGGUAUCAUCCAAACAUCUCCAGCCAGCGGUGAUUAAUAAUAUGCAGAAGUAUUCAUUAGUCUUUAUUUAUUCUGGUUUGGUGGUGGGGAUGUUGGGACUGUUGGGAAUGCCCCCUCCCCCCUCACUCACUGCUAUAGUGUUCUAUGGCCACACACACACACACACACACACACACACACACUGAGAGGGGGUGAUGUUCUUUAGUGCUGAGUGCAGUAUAGCAUGACAUCCAGAAUAAAAUCAAUCAUCACAUGGAAAUGAUAAAUGGCACCUAUACCAAUUAGAAGGGUUUUCAGUGUUUGCUCAUAACAGUUAAUUGUUUACACCACCACUCCUGGAUGAGCAGCGCGGCUCCCCGAAUCAGCCUUCAGCGCCUCCAUGAGAUGCUGCUCAAGGCUCUGAAGGCAGCCAUUAAUGUAAUUUGUAGUUAGAUGAUAAACAGAGUGAUGUGUGUUUCUGCUUGAGCACAUAGUCAGAUUUGCCAAACGCUCCAGUGACUCCUGAAUAUGUAAAAGUGCUCAGCUCAAGUGCCUCAACCUGACAGUUUGACGGCCACGGCGUAUUAGGCCCAGAUAAUUAGGUGAUAUUUACUUACAGAGCACACAGCCGCUCGGCGGCGCCGGUGAAAGUGUGUCUUUCCCCGUCCUAAUGAUAUGCUCCGUGUACAUUCAUCACGCGCCGGACAGGCCUCGGCGCUGCACGCGUUGCAGCAACAUGACAACCCCACAGACAUCAGGCAGAAUGAAUCAUUUCAAAUGAAAUUCACAUCGGUCAUUGUUUAAGUUAGGCAGGAAAUGCAUUACUCCAAAAGGACGCACGCAGCUACAGAACUGGAGCUGUGACGCUACCAAGUCUGGACUUGAUCCGCCAUGUACUUGUUGAUGCACGUGCAUCACUGUUUAUUUCCAGGAAAGAUACCAACAGAUCUACCUGUAAAGUUGUGCAACUCAUAACUCCCUUGUUCACUCGAGUGUUUGAGUGUUGCAAAACCAGCCCACAACCUACGUAGGUUCUAAGAGGUGAGUGAACUCCUAACACACGCUGGAGAUUCUUCCUGAGGCCAUCUUGGCCUCCUGCUGUUUUGAAUAGCUCCUGUUUUCACCCUAAUCCAUCACCAGACACAUCUGGUCCCCGGCUUUAGGGAUUUUUUUAGACAUUUAAGUGUUUUCGGUGUGCACGAGGAUUAUCAUAUUAAAUGAAUGAAGCUUCACCCGCUAAACAAGGAGCUAUGACUGAGAGCCACACGAGGAACUAGCAUGAAAAGCCAGGACUCAAGGAUGAAGCUCAAAUAUGCAGUUGUCUUCAUCUGUAUCGUUGCCCUGGUCAUCAUCGAAAAGGAAAGCAACAUCAUAUCAAGGGUCUCAGACAAGCUGAUCCAGAGGCAGAUGCCACAGACGCCCCUGGAUUACAACACCACCACCACCACCACCACCACCGCACCCAACGGCUCCUUGACCUUCUUCCAGCUGCUGCUCUCUAAGCUCAUUGGUCGGAAGCGGAGCCGCUCCACUCCCCCCGACGCCGGCUACACCGACGGCCGUAAGCACAUCCUGCUGCUGGCCACCACGCGCACCGGCUCCUCGUUCGUGGGCGAGUUCUUCAACCAGCACGGCGGCAACAUGUUCUACCUGUUCGAGCCGCUGUGGCACGUGGAGCGGCUGCUGACCGCCGGCGCCGAGGCCAGCAACGGGACGCUGCUGGCGGAGAUGUACCGCGACGUGCUGCGGCGCCUCCUGCUGUGCGACUUCACCCUGCUGGAGAGGUUCAUCUCCCCCCCGCCCGAGGACCACGUCACGCCGGCCCUGUUCCGCAGGGAGUCCAGCCUGUCCCUGUGCGAGGAACACGUCUGCAGCCCCGUGAUCAAGGACGUCUUUGAGAGGUAUCACUGUAAGACCCGCCGCUGUGGGCCCCUCAACCUGACCCUCGCAACCAAGUCCUGCCUUUCCAAACCACACCGUGCCAUAAAGACCGUCCGCGUGCGCCAGCUGGACUCCCUGCAGCCUCUGGUGGAGGACCCCCGCCUGGACGUGAGAGUGAUCCAGCUGGUCCGCGACCCGCGCGCCAUCCUGGCGUCGCGCAUGGUGGCGUUCUCCUCCAAAUACCAGACGUGGAAGGCCUGGGCGCGGGGCGGCGCGGUGCCCGAGGACGACGAGGAGGUGAAGAGGCUCAAGGGCAACUGCGACAACAUCCGCAUGUCGGCGGAGGUGGGACUGAGCCGGCCGCGCUGGCUGAGCAGCCGCUACAUGCUGGUGCGCUACGAGGACAUCGCCCGCUACCCCAUGCAGAAGGCGGAGCAGAUGUACCGCUUCGCGGGGAUCCCGUUCAGCCCGCGGGCCAGGGAGUGGAUCCUGAGGAACACGCAGACCACGCAGGGGGCCAGCGGCAUCUACUCCACGCAGAAGAACUCGUCCGAGCAGGCCGAGAAGUGGAGGUUCCGGAUCCCCUUCACGCUGGCCCGGGUGGUGCAGAAGGUGUGCGGACCCACCAUGAAGCUGUUUGGGUACAGGUUCGUGGACGACGAGAAGACGCUCACCAACAAAUCCGUCAGUUUACUGGAGGACAGACUGUUUCACUAGUGCUAAACGGAGCUGUGGGUCUGAAGACGGCGGCAGAGGAGCCGUUCCUGCCCAAAGUGUCCAAAUGUGCCAUGCUGCAUUAAAUAACGUUAAUAUUCAUACGCUCUAACAUUGUGCCUCUCGAUAAAGAAGAGGCUCUUCAUAAAGAGUAUUUUUCUACAGACUGUUCACUGAGAAGCCUGCUCCUGUUACGUUUUAUGGGAUGCUCUGUUUCUCCAGCCUUCGUUGAUCACGUGCGUCAUUUCAGGGAUAAACUAGUGAAUGAGAACGUGUGUGUGUGUGUGUGUGUUUGGAUUGCGUGUUUGCCUGAACAUGUUCUUAUUUUGCCUGCGCUGCCUAGUCCGGCCUGUUUUGCAAUGCAAUGCUCACUACACCAGGCAACAUGUUAGAGAAGUGACUCAGGUAACGUGGGUGUAGUAACACUGUGUAGAAAUACAGUAGACCCUCUAAUGUGUUGAAGCACAUCAAAAUAUGCAUUGGCCAAACUUCACUUUGCCUCAGUAGGAGACGUGACACCUUCCUGCAGCUCAGGUUUUCCAGACAUGUGUAAACACUGUCGGGAGGUUGAGAAUGAAGCCGCUGUCGACGAGCUGCUCACAAUCUGAAGGCGCGCAGUCACACGCGUAGUCAGACGUGUUCGAGGACGAACCGAAUUUGUGCGAGGAUGUUUUCCGACGACCCCCCGUCGCGAAAUGAGCCGGGGUUCAACGCUCAGGAGACCGCACGGGGCCGAGCCGCUCGUGUUCUAUGCAGCGUUCCUCCACGCGCAUCAACGCGGGCCUUCAGGCUUUAGGUGAAGCCCAGGUGCAGGAGAGUGAAGCGUCACGCGUGAUGGCACAUAAAGGUGUCCACUGUGACUCCGGGUCAAUGGAGGCAUUGUUUCCGGCUCGGCUGAGACGCGGCCGAAGCGACCACGCUGCUCGUGGAGAGGGAUAUGUUUCACAGAUCCAUAUAGUGCCCCAGUGUUGAGAACAUGAAUAUGAAUACAUUACAGCUGGCAGAGCCACGGUUGCACUGACUCACUGCUAGACGCAGCAUUCAGAGAAGAACGUGCGAGAGCUCAGUCACGUCCAACCGAGCCCGACGUUAAUGUCACUGUGAAAUGGAAACGGGGGAAAAAAGCGUCAACAGAAACUGUUUGCGGCCCAUUCAUACUGUGUUUUUAUUUUAAAUGCAGGGUUUCUUUUUUCUUUGCGAUCGCCUGAAAAUUGGAAUGAUUUGAUAUUUGUGUUGUGAAAACAAACAUGCAAUUAAGUCAAGUUAAUACAGAUGCUGUCUAUGAACAAGCAUCGCUUCUACAGGCACCUUUUCAGUUUUGCUUCCUAAAGGAAUCUCUGAGGAAAAGUGAAAAUAAAUAACUCCUUUUGACACAGUGUGUAAUGGGUUCACAGGUCGUCAGGAGUGACUUUAAAGACUGGCUGAGAGGAAUUUGAGGUUUCUAACCAUCUCAUUGUGGUUGUUUUUCCAUGAUACCAUGAAAGUAUCACAUAGAUACAAAAGUUACUUUGUUGUUGUAGUAAAAUAGCAUUUUUAAGGCAAGUGAGGAUUUCUUUCACAUGUAAGUCAAAAAUAAAAGUGUCUUAGGUUGUAAUGUUAA